CCGGUGACUGUUUCAGCGGACGGACGUGUAUUUGCACAGCAACCGAAAUCCGAGCAAUCAGCCAAAAUGAAGAUCUACAAGGAUAUUUUCAGCGGAGAUGAGAUGUUCUCAGACACUUACAAAAUAAAAUUGGUUGAUGAUGUAAUAUACGAAGUGUACGCCAAAUACGUGUCCCGUAAACAUGGGGAGGUGCAAAUUGAAGGUUCCAACCCAUCUGCUGAAGAGGCCGAUGAAGGCACAGAUGAAGCAGUCGAAUCCGGUGUAGAUGUUGUUUUGAACCACAGAUUGGUAGAGACUGGAUUUGACAAAAAAGGAUACACUGUAUACCUUAAGGAUUACAUGAAGAGAUUAGUAGCCAAAUUGGAAGAAACCAAACCUGACCAAGUAGAAAUCUUUAAGAGCAACACGCAAAAAGCAAUGAAAGACAUCUUGGGCAGGUUUAAGGAAUUGCAGUUCUUCACUGGCGAAUCCAUGGACGCUGACGGUAUCAUUGGCCUUAUGGAAUACCGCGACAUCGAAGGCGAAUCCACUCCAGUACUCAUGUUCUUUAAACACGGCUUGGAAGAGGAAAAAUUCUAGUGUGAUUGUUUAUUUUUUUAAUUUAAAUUAUUAAAACUGAUAUUUUUGUUAGACUUAUUUAUAUUUACUACCAAUAUACAUUUUAAUGUUUCUUAAAAAUGUGUCCCCAACUUUCAUUUUUUUAUCCGAAAAAACGUCGUUUCUGGAAUUUUUUUUAUUGAUAAGCUGAAUCUAAAUUAAAUAAUUUUCUUAC